AAAAGUCGAACUCCCACUGUCUCACCUAAUCCCCCUCCAUUUCACUGUCUUUCCCAACUUUUUCCUCUUUUUGGCUUUCAAAUCUUGAAAUUCAGCCACCACCCCCGCUUUCCCACUUGAGCGAACAAGUUAGCACGGAAAAUGGGAUUUUCCCUCUGUCUCUAGAGAUUGGAAACGAGCGCAAGGAAUCUCUUUUGCCUUCUGUUUACUCCUUUUCUUUUCUGGGAAAUUUGUUCUUGAGACAAAGUAAAGUUCUGAUUUUCAUCUACGACGCAUGGGCUGAGAGAUCAAGGUUUCUUGCUUCUUCUUUUUUGUGGCAUCUUCAUUCGGUUCACGUCUCCUGGGAGUUCAACUCUUGUGUAAUAACCUGGGAUUGAAGUGGUCUUUGGCGUGAUUUUGUUAUUGGGAAAGAGGUGAAGCAGCUGCACCGAUGGUGAUCGGUUGAUGUAGUGGAGUGAAAAGGUUCUGGCCGGAGGGAGACAGGAUGGUGGUGAGGAAGGUGGGGAAGUACGAGGUGGGAAGGACGAUCGGAGAAGGGACUUUCGCGAAGGUGAAGUUCGCGCAGAACACUGAAACGGGUGAGAGUGUCGCCAUGAAAGUGCUCGAUCGCAGCACCAUCAUCAAGCACAAGAUGGUGGACCAGAUUAAAAGGGAGAUAUCGAUAAUGAAACUUGUGCGGCAUCCCUACAUUGUUCGUCUCCAUGAGGUUCUUGCCAGCCGAACCAAGAUCUACAUAAUCUUGGAGUUUAUUACAGGUGGAGAACUGUUCGACAACAUAGUCCAUCAUGGGCAUCUCAGUGAAGCUGAGUCUAGAAGAUACUUUCAACAACUAAUUGAUGGGGUAGAUUUUUGCCACAGCAAAGGAGUCUAUCAUAGAGACUUAAAGCCUGAAAAUCUACUACUCGACUCCCAAGGAAACUUGAAAAUCUCUGAUUUUGGUCUUAGUGCAUUGCCUGAACAGGGGGUUAGCCUACUUCGGACAACAUGUGGAACUCCUAAUUAUGUGGCACCAGAGGUACUUAGUCACAAGGGUUACAAUGGAGCCCCGGCAGAUGUUUGGUCUUGCGGGGUGAUCCUUUAUGUUUUGAUGGCAGGAUAUCUCCCAUUUGAUGAACUUGACCUCACCACACUUUACAGUAAGAUUGAUAAUGCUGACUUUUCAUGCCCAUCAUCGUUUCCCGUGGGAGCUAAGUGCUUGAUUAAGAGGAUUUUAGAUCCAAAUCCUGAAACUCGUAUUACAAUAGAGCAGAUCAGAGAUGACGAAUGGUUUAAGAAAGGUUAUAAUCCUGUCAGAGUCAUUGAAUCUGAGGAUGUGAACUUGGAAGAUGUAAAUGCUGCCUUUGACGAUGAUGAGGAACAGAAGGCUAAUGAGGAAGGUGGGAAUGAAGACACGCAUCCACUAAUCCUUAAUGCAUUUGACUUAAUAAUCUUAUCUCAAGGGUUAAAUCUUUCAUCAAUCUUUGACAGGGGUCAGGACUUUGUGAAGCAUCAAACUCGCUUUGUGUCGCAAAAGCCCGCAAAGGUGGUUUUAUCCAGCAUGGAAGUUGUUGCACAAUCUAUGGGUUUCAAGACACAUAUUCGCAAUUACAAGAUGAGAGUGGAAGGUCUUUCAGCUAGCAAGACCUCUCAUUUCUCCGUUAUUUUGGAGAUUUUUGAGGUUGCUCCGACAUACUUCAUGGUUGAUAUUCAGAAAGCAGCUGGAGACGCCAACGAGUACCUUAAGUUCUACAAGAGUUUCUGUGGCAAUCUCGAGGAUAUCAUCUGGAAGCCUCCCGGCGAAUCGGCCAAAUCAAGGAUCACGAAGAGCAAAAGCAAGAAGCGCAAACGAGCCUUUCGGGCAAAUGAUCCGUCAUCUCUUCCCUCUCCCCAAUUGUGUGAAAAUAACGACGAAAGAAGAACAUCAUCGUCGGUCUUAUCAUAUUCUCACUCCUCCUUGCCUCGUCCUUCUUCUCCAAGAGCCCUUCUCCCCAUGCAGCAACGAUCUUGCCAGUGCUCCUCUCCUCUCUGUCUCCCACGGUCCUCAUGGCGCGUCUGCCCUCGCUCUCUCUCGCCACCACGCUCAGGCUCGCCCCUUCUUCGCCGCGUUCGAGAAUCUCCGGUUGCGUCUCUCCUCUCGCUGUGGAAAAAGCCUCCGGGCAUUUGUUGUGGAACGAGUAAAACCAACAGUAGCGCAAGCGCAACUCUGGAGGGUGAGUCUUUAGACUUCGGAGAAGGGCUCCCUGUGUUAGAAGAUGAGACAGGACUCGGACCCUUUGAUUAUGUUCCCUUUUUGCAAGAAUGCAUGGACAGGCGUUUCGUUUCAGAUGUGGAAGCUGUUCAUGCCCACGUCAUUAAAACAGGAGCCCAUGCUGAUUUGUUUGUCAUGACGUUCCUUGUGAAUGUUUAUGCGCAAUGCGGAGCCAUGGUUGCUGCCCGUAAGGUUUUCGACCAUUUGCCGAGGCGAAAUGUCGUUGCUUGGACGACCCUGAUUACGGGUUACGUCCACAGCUCUGAGCCGGAGGUCGCCAUCCGAGUCUACCUGGAAAUGUUGGAAGCAGGAUCUUACCCUACCAAUUAUACCUUGGGAAUGGCUCUGAAUGCGUGUUCCUCUUUGCAAUCUCUAGAACUGGGGAAACAAAUUCACGCCUACAUAGUUAAGUACAGGAUUGAACAUGAUACGAGCAUUGGCAAUGCGCUUUGUAGCUUGUACUCCAAAUUUGGCAACUUAGAUUAUGCUGUUAAAACUUUCAGAGGUAUUAUGGAGAAGAACGUGAUUUCCUGGACUGCUAUUAUAUCUGCUUGUGGCGAAAAUGGCGAGGCUGCUUCUGGGUUGGGUUUUUUCAGUGAGAUGCUUUGGGAGAAUGCUGAGCCCAAUGAGUUCACCUUAACUAGUGUUUUAAGCCUUUGUUGUACAGUGAUGUCUUUGAGUUUAGGGAAACAGGUUCACUCCUUGAGCAUAAAGCGUGGUUAUCAAUUGAACCUACCGGUAAGGAAUUCUGUGAUGUAUUUAUACCUCAAAUGUGGGUUGGUAGAUGAGGCAUACAAAUUGUUCAAUGAAAUUGAAUCCUCCAGCUUGGUCACGUGGAACGCCAUCAUCGCAGGGCACGUGCAAAUUAUGGAUCUUGCAUUUGACAAUCUUUCUGCAUACCAAGGUGGGACAAGAGCUCUGGAGAUCUUUUUAAGAAUGACCCACUCUGGCCUGAAACCUGAUCUUUUCACGUUUUCAAGUGUCUUGACGUUGUGCAGUAAAUUGGUAGCACAGGAGCAAGGGGAACAGAUUCAUGCACAGACUAUCAAAACCGGGUUUUUGUCUGAUGUGGUUGUGGGGACUGCACUGGUUAACAUGUACAGUAAAUGUGGGAACAUUAGAAGAGCGAGUAAAGCUUUUGUGGAGAUGUCUACCAGAACUUUGAUAUCAUGGACUACCAUGAUCACGAAUUUCGCCCUUCAUGGUAAAACUCAGCAAGCCCUGCAACUCUUUGAGGACAUGAGACUUGUGGGUGUCAGACCCAAUCAAAUUACUUUUGUUGGCGUCCUGGCAGCUUGUGGUCAUUCUCUAAUGCUAGAUGAGGCUCUGAAUUACUUUGAGGUGAUGCAGAAGGAAUAUAGAAUUAAGCCUGUGAUGAACCACUUUGAGUUGCUGGUUGACAUGUUUGUGAUGUCGGGUAGCUUAGACAAAGCCUUUGAUUUAGUCAAGAAAAUGAAUUAUGAGCCGAAUGAGUUUAUCUGGUCGGCUUUAAUAGCUGGAGCUAGUAUUCACGGAAAUUCGGAAUUAGGUCUUCAUGCAGCUGAGCAGUUAAUCAAGCUAGACCCAAGAGAUAGCGAGACUUGCAUCUUAUUAUUGAGGACAUACAGAGCUACAGCGAGGUGGAUGGACGCAUCGAAUGUGGAAAAAUUGAUGAGAGAGGAGCAACCCAUUAAACUAAGAGACUGGAGCUGGAUUUGCAUCAAAGGCAAGGUCUAUUCAUUUGAGCCAAAUGAGCAGUCCUGUCCUGGUAAUGAUAUGGAGAUGCGCAUACUGUUGGAAGACUUGCUUGGCCAAGCAAAGACACUUGGAUAUGAAUUUUGGGGGAGUUCAGAGCUAAGGGAUAAUGAGGAAGCCGACUUAGCCUCUAGGAUUCACCAGAGCGAAGUAUUAGCUCUUGCUUUUGGAUUAUUGAACACGCCAAAUGCAGCACCAAUGCAGAUUAUCAAGAAUACUAGUAUGUACAGAAUCUGCCAUGAUUUCAUCAAAUGCCUAUCAAUUCUAACUGCUAGGAAAAUUGUCAUCCAAGAUCGGAAGCGGCUCCAUAAGUUUGUCGACGGAAAGUGCUUGUGUGGAGACUUUUGGGGCCUUCUUUGAAAUUCUUAAUUUUCCUUACACCAAUAUGAUCUGGGUGGCUUGCUAUAAUACAAAAGCUACCUGGUUGCUAAACAGGAAGAAUCUGUCGCUCAGCAAAUAUGGAAUUAACAUAAGACAUAUUCUUCUCAAUUCUUUCACACAAAAACAGAGCACAAUGCAGAGCAAAAUGCCGUGCAGAAAAUUCGAUACUUAGACGAGAAUACAGAUACAAUUCUCAACGGAUCAAGUAAUUUCUAUACAAUUUUGCAUCAGCUCCUCUUUAUUUCUGGCCUUCUUGGAUGCAAACUGAAAGAUAUAUGCUUUCUGCGGACUUCAAUUACAUGAACUUGUUUAAGGAACAGCUUUUUGUACGUAGAUAUUUAAAUUUUUGAGUAACUAUACAUGAGAAGUAUAAGGAUGCUGGCUUUAGGAUAACUCAGAAUUGGCCAUAUGCUUCUCUUGAAUGACACUUGGUUUUGGAUAGAGUGAUUGAAUGAGAACCUAACCUACGCAAAUGGUAAUUAAA